AUGUCUCACCACUUGUUCAUCUUGUCACCGUCAGAUACUCCCCUUUAUAGCUUAACACAUUAUUCUUCCAAGCCAUCGCAGACAACAGCGAGUUCUCCUCUGGCAUCGAAUCUCCCAAGCUGGUCGACCUCUGCCUUCGCCGGGACAUUGACGGCUCUCUCCGGUGCUUCAAGCGCCUCGCAAGCCCAUCAUGCACAGGGCGGGACGGUAAGGAUCGGGGGAGGUCAGGACAGGCACGUUAUACAGAUGAUUGCGAAUGCCAGCUUGGAUUCCAUCGAGGAAGUAAUGAGGAAGGAAAGCGCGAUGUAUCUGAAGUCCGUUGACAAAUUCAAUGAAUGGACAAUUUCUGCGUUUGUGACUCCAGGAAACAUGAAGUUUUUGCUACUGCACGAGACGCGCAAUGAUGACGGGAUCAGGGCGUUCUUCGUGGACGUUUGGGAGCUGUAUGUCAAGUUGUAUUCUUUCAUCCUUUAUUCGCCCACACCCACUCUUGCCACUUCAUCCCUUCACUCCACCGAUACCUCUGAUCUCACUACCCACAUCGCAAUGGCCACCGCUCCUGCGCCCAACCCCCGUGCAUCCCUCCUCUCUGGUCUCCGCACAGGUGGAGUUCGCUCUGCUUCAGGAUCCACAGCCAAUAUACCCCACACAGCUGUUCCCAACGGCUCUUUCGCUGUCCCGCGUUAUAUGCCCGCAGCGCAGGGUGACCUCUUCUCUUAUGAAGAAGAGGAUGAGCUGUCCGACCUUACUAUGCAGAAUUUGUUCAUCCGCAACCAAGCCAAUCGUAUGCAACAGCCUCCCAUGACCUCAGCAGUGGACGGUGGCGCGAACAGAUUCGCGAAGCAGCAGGCCAUGGGUGGCAUGCCCUUUAACUCUGCUGCUGCUGCCCAGAAUCAGCUCGUCCAAUUGCAGUUGAUGCAGAUGGAGCUCGCUAGGUUGCAGGCUAUCCAGGCUCAGCAGUACCAAGCUGAGUUGCUCGCGCAAGCACAGGCUCAACUUGCCCAGUCCCAGCGUCAGCGUCAAGCUCAGCAGCCGCUGAGACGCAGCGCUGUUGGCUUUGUUCCCCCGGCCACUGCAGGGCCUAUGAACGGCACUUUCGACUUGCGCUCACCUGCACCCAACGCUCAGGUGCGCCGGGUGAACCAGGCUGAACAGCUACGUGCCAGGCUUGGAGUUGGUGCUGAUGAACAACUCCCGAUGACCGCUGCCCUUGGUGGCAAAUUUGGUAGUCGCAUUGCGUCUGGGCGAUAUGACUCUGACGAAGACGAAUUCUCAUCAUCAAGACCCCCUUCGACUCCCAACUACACCACUGUAAUCAGCGGUGGCACUUCCCUUGGCAACCCUGCCUCUAACAACAUCAACUACGGAAACACGAACGGUACUUCUACCACCUCGAAGUCUGACGCUGCUGUGUCAUGGAGACGUGGCGGUGCGAACAACUCGGUGCUGAGCGGAAACCGUGCAGCGUCCUCCCCUCUGGUGAAGAUCACUCCCCCACCCAUUGAGCCGACAUUCCCUGCUGUUAGCUCCGGCAAGAGCCGCCCUUCACCACUUACUUUGAGCGCGGCGUCCUUGCCAUUCUCACCCAACGUCACCAUCGAUGUCGGUGAUAGCACGGAUGGAGACGAGUCUUCGUCUAUGUCUUCGAAGUCCAACUCCCCUCCGAGCACCCCUCAAACCGCCUCAUCUUCUGGGGAUGUACUGCCACCUCCACUUUCUCCUCGUGAGGAGGCAGUCAGGAAGCUCUAUGAAGGACUUGGUAUCGGCCGUCCCGCCCCCAACACCAUUUCCAUCACCGUCCCCCAGCGGGAAAUCCCGGUGGUCGUGCAGAGGGUUGUCAGCCUGGUGGUGCGUCAGCCCCGUGGCCCGCCGUCCAACAACGACGAGUUGCUCCCGAAGAACUUUGCCUCUCGUAGCAGGCGCCAGGCCAUCGGUGCUCUGGUGGACGCGCGCGAACGGAGGGAAAUCGUGGCCUUCUGA